CCUGUCCGGCUGCAGAGGCAUAUAGGGAGAUUCCUAACAGUUCUGUUUGAGCAGCUACACAUUCUAAUACCGCAGGUUUUUCUCGUUGAAAUACAUUUGAAAAUUACGGCAUCUGGAACACGAAUCAACUCUAAUGGAAAAAUCAAAAAACUUCCGCAUCGACGCGCUUUUAGCAGUCGAUCCUCCAAAAGUACAGACUUCACCUCUCGCCCGGUCACAUCUCUGUCUUCAUACGUCUCUUCCUUCACCUGGAGGUGUAUCCACUUCAGACCUCAAUGGUAGCGCCGAUUCCUUAAGGACUGAAACACCGUCUCCACCUCGGAUCUCUGCUUGUGGCCUUAUACCUUAAACGGGCUUCCUGACUGUUCCCCACUCUAAUAUGGUCGGAUUACACCCCCAGAGUACUACCGGCAUUCCGUCUCAGGCACUCUAUGGACACCCCAUGUACACCUAUUCUGCUGCCGCACUGGGCAAACACCCGGCCUUAUCAUAUUCAUAUCCUCAGAUCCAUGGAUCCCACCAGCACCAUCCCAGUGAUCCUAUCAAACUGACCCCCGGGACCUUUCAGCUGGACCACUGGUUACGUGUCUCUACUGCAGGAAUGAUGAUACCAAAGAUGUCUGACUUCAACUGUAAGACGCAAUCUAAUUUAUGCGGGAAGUGCAGAAGGCCGAGAACUGCAUUUACAAGCCAGCACCUUUUGGAAUUGGAGCACCAGUUUAAGUUAAAUAAAUACCUGUCCAGACCGAAAAGAUUUGAAGUGGCAAACUUCACUGAUGUCAAAAUCUGGUUUCAGAACAGAAGAAUGAAGUGGAAAAGGAGUAAAAAAGCUAAAGAACAGGCUGCUCAAGAAGCGGAGAGACAGAAAAAUAACCCGAAUCAGGACAAACCGGACGGAUUUCAGGAAAAAGCGGACUCAAAAAAGGCAGACUCCCUUAAAAGCAAUCGGAUAAGCGAAUUCAGAGACAGUGAUGAUGACGAUAAGGGGGAGAACUUCUUGUACAACUCUUCAGAAUGUUCUUCAGAAGACGAAAGAAGCCACAACAGACACAGUGGACCACCGCAGUGAGCCGUACAAGAACGAGUCUUGCAGCAGGUUUUGAAUUAAUUGUUUUAUGAACCACAGACCUUUCUUCAUUUGGAUGCAUUCGAACUUCGAUGUUAAACAUUUGUAGAUAUGGCACAUGUGUUCAAAGAUUUAUAUAGAAAUAAAAUAACUGAAGACAUUGGACUUCGU